CGAACGGCCCGAGCACACGCACAAGAGCCCUGGCGUCUUCGGUGCGCUUGUGGCGAGCACUAACAACCUGUCUGGCGCGGCAGCGCCUGUGUCAAGCACGAUUGCCCCGUCGAUGCAGCGCCCGGGGUACCACUUGUCGAGAUACUCCACAGACGAAACCGACACGUUGCGCGGCACGCCCGUCCCUCCGGAAGACGACACGCACCUGCACCGGCCGCCUAGCGCGUAUUUCGACUCGGACCGGCUUACGGCGUCGUCGGCCACGCUGGAGGGCGGCUCGGGCACUGCCGAAACGACGCCCACCGAGGGCACGCCACCGUCGCUCAACAAGGGCGGGCGCCGGCAAAAGUGGACGCACGUCCUCAAGGACCUGCCGAAGACGAGCUUCAGCCGCGCGGCGACGCCGACCGCGAGCACGCCGGGGACCCCGCUCAAGGAGACGGACGAGUGGUUCACGAAGCGGGACUGGGAGCGGCUGCAGGAGAAGAAGGAGCGGAAGCGGCGGCGCAAGAAGGCCGAGAUCUACAUCACACGCCAUGUGGCGGAGAUCAUCCAGCGGCAGGAGUUUGUGUGCAAGCUCGCGCGCGCGAUGAUGAUGUUCGGCGGGCCGAGCCACCGGCUGCAGGCACAGAUCCGGGCGACGGCGCGCGUGCUCGAGAUCGAGCUCUCGUGCAUGUACCUGCCGGACAUGAUGCUCAUUUCGUUCGACGACCCGACCACGGGGACGAGCAACAUCAAGCUCAUCCGCCAGGGCGGCGCGUUCGACAUCUCGAAGCUCCAGGCGGCAUACAAGCUGUAUUGGAAGGUCAUCCAUGACGACACCUCGGUCAAGGACGCGUCGGUCGAGCUCGACGAGCUGAUGCGCAAGCCCCCGCUGUACAACAAGUGGCAGCUCAUCUUCUUCGGCGGAAUGUGCUCCGCUUCCAUCUGCAGCGUUAGCUUCAGCGGGUCCUUCCUCGACUGUCUCAUUUCCUUCCCGCUGGGCUGCUUGCUCAUCGUGAUCCAGCUCUUUGCCGCGCGGCACGAGCUGUACUCAAACGUCUUCGAGAUCACCGUCGCGACACUCUUCAGCUUCGUCGCCGCCGCGCUCGCGUCGACGUCGUACUUCUGCUACUCGGCCGUCGCGGCGUCGUCGAUCGUGCUCAUCCUGCCGGGGUACAUCAUCCUCUGCGGCAGCCUCGAGCUCUCGUCGCACAACAUCGUCUCGGGCGCCGUGCGCGUCUGCUUCUCGGUCAUCUACUCGCUCUUCCUCGGCUUCGGGCUCGCGAUCGGCUCGUCGGCGUUCACGAAGAUCACCAGGCACGACCUGCCCGGCCAGGACGACGUCUCGUGCUCGCUCAGCCACCGUUCCGACGGGCCGUGGUGGCAGCGGACGCCGUCGGUCGAGUGGGCUUUCCUUACUGUGCCUUUGUACUCGCUCUGGCUGAGCUUGCGCUUCUACGCGUCGUGUCGCAGGAAAGAAUUGCCGCUUCUUGUAGCAAUCUCGUCGCUUGGGUGGGUGUGCAACCACUUCACGGGCCUCAAGUUCCCUGGUCAGAGUGACAUCUCGGCUGCCGUCGGUGCCUUUGCUGUCGGUCUCGUCUCCAACCUCUACGGGCGUUUCUUCAACGGAAACGCCUUCGUCAUCAUGAUCACUGGUAUUCUCUUCCAACUUCCUUCUGGUGUCGCCAACGGCGGCCUCUUCACGUUCGUUUCCAAACAAGACUCGGGCCAGUCUUCGGCCGACUCGUACCUUUCUGGCUUCCAGACCGCGCUGCAGCUAGUCUCCGUCUCGAUCGGCCUCACAGUCGGCCUUGGUAUUUCCCUCGUCUGCGUCUUCCCGAUCCAGUCACGCAGGCGUGCGGCUGGUAUCUUUAGUUUGUAGUCACGUCGCUCUUACACCUUUACUCCCACAUUCUUUGCUUCACAUAGAGACCAUAUUGUGGUCAUCAUUAGAGGUUCUUGCGCACAUCUUUCACCCAUCUACUUGCAACCACAUAGACGUAUCAUGCUCAUUCUCUUUUCUCUGUAGCAAUAGGCUUUAUCAGGAUGGUUACAUUCUUUUCACCUAGAGUUUGCGCAUCUGUCUCCGAGCUGUGUAAUAAAUACUACCACGUUACUUCGGACUCCUUCACCCCCGCCUCAUGUCUUAUAAUACACUUUCGACAGACAUCGAGUUGGCCAUGCUUCUCCCCGAUGCGACGCAACGGCCGCUUAGGUCUGCCGCUUCCUGAAGCUGACCGCCGCAGCGGAGUUUGCCAGGCGCGUAUGCCGCACCCACCGUCCGGGCGGAAUGACGCCUUCCACCUCUGGUCGGACGUCAUAGUUGACUACGACGUGCGCCAUCAUGAGCUUGAGCUCAUUCACCGCGAAGAAGCGUCCGGGGCUGUCCGUGUUCGUCAG